GUCAACCUGAUUCUUGGUUGUUUCCUUAAAUAAAACAGCCAAGCUGACGACGAUGAUGGUGAUACUCAUGUAAGAACGUGAUGACGAUGAAUCAAUCUCUUGCGGUCGCAAGACCCUGCCAUGGUAAUUUUCCAAACAUGACCUCCGCCUCAACAAAAAAAAAAAUAUAAUAUGAAGGUGCAACACCGGAUAUUUCCUCAGCCACUGGACUUGUGAUCAAUUUACUUUGUACUAAAUUAUAUUUUUCCCCCCAUGCCGCUUGGGAUCUGAGCAACUCACCCAGAAGAGCACACUACCACACUACUGUAGAUAGUAGUAAGAUAAUUAAUGGAACCAUCUCCGAUUCAGAUCGCGACCACGUUACCGGGAUUGUAUGGGCUGACCCGCCCGUCCUCGGUUCUGGCUGGGCUAGUGACAUGGUACUGGAAACCAAUUUCCAUCCAUUCCCAUGGCUUCAUGGUUCUGGGAACCCCCAGUUAUCUUCUGCUCUGCUUUUGCUUCUCUGGGUUUAAACCCAUCCAUGCAACGAGACGAGAAACGGGGCAAGAGAGACCAUGCUCGGGUCUUAGCUCCCCCCAUCGUCCUCCAUCGUCCUUUUAUUCUUCUCCUCCUGAAUGAGUGUGACUUGACUGACAC